UUUUUCCCCAGGCUGCGUGUUGAUUUCCACCAAUCAGAGUGCGGUUUGAUUCCCGCCCAGCCAAUGGGAGGCCAGGAAAUUAUUACUGUGUCAGUGGGUGUGAUCCCGCAGGAGGAAGCGUCACCGAACAAUGUCACAAAGUUUUAAGAGAAUGGCAGACAAGACUGUGGAUCGUGGGCCAUGUGCAGGAUGUGCGGUCUUGUUCCUGCAGUCGCUCUGUCCUGAUGUGAACCUGCUCUCUGUCUACAAAGACCAGCAAGAGGGAAAGUUCAUCGUGUUCAAGGUCAUCAAGCUGACACUCACAGAUUCUGCAGGAGGUCUGGGUGGUUAUGAGAUACUUAAGGUCCAUGAUGCUGAUCCGUUUCUGGGGGUGGAGGUGAAGUUUGUGGACGUGGCAGCCUGCCAGCAGUUCCUGGAGAGCUACAGCUCUGGAGCGGUGCGUCAGUCCCUCUCCCAACACGCCUGCCGGCUUCUUGCACUUCCCGAAGAGCUCACAGUGGAAACACAGCUCAAGGCCGGCACACACAUCCUGGAUCUGUGUCUGGACAAGCUGGAGCUUUGCCUAGAGCACAUCCACCUGUCACAGCCGGAGCGUCUGCGUGAUGAGGAGAUUGAUCACCUGGAGCAGCUGCUUCGGAGUCAGGCCCUCCGUCCUGCCCCUACGACGACUGCCGUCACACAGGAGGAGUCUCCUCUCCCCAGCAACUGCUUCAAGUUUCAGAACAGAGUGUUUGAGGACCGAAUGCUAUCAGCGGCAGAUGUUCAGAGCUUCUCUAACGGAGUGGGCCGUCAGUGGAAGCAUGUAGGGAGGGCCCUGGGAAAGAGCUGCCGGGCUCUGAAGAGUCCGGCCAUAGACAACCUGGCCUAUGAGUACGAGAGAGAAGGGCUGUAUGAGCAAGCCUAUCAGCUGCUCAGCCGAUUCAUCCAGGCGGAGGGGAGAGCAGCCAAGCUGAGCCGGCUGGUCAAAGCACUGGAGGACUGCAAACUCACCAGCCUGGCUGAACAUAUUCUGGACAUACAGCCACGAGAGUAACUCUGUGUGCUUUUGUUCUGCGUGUACGAGUCGUGAAAACUGAGGAGGACAGGUCCCCUCUACCUGAGGAGCUGCUGACUUUGUCCUGCCUGCUUUUAUAUACAGUAUGUUUGUCCUCGAUUGACAUUCAAAAUCAUUCCUGUGUGUGAGUGUGUGAGUGAACGUGUACAUGUUACAGACAGGUGAACACAUGCUAACAUCUCUGUGAAAAUUGAUUCAAAUCUUGAUUUUCAUUCAUUGGUAUUAUUGUUUUCAUUUAGAUGAAAUGACCUGUCAUCACUGUUUGAAAAAAAUGUGCUUGGGUUUUGAGUUUAAUGCACUGUUACACCUGUUUUUUCUUUUUUUUAAAAAUCAUGUUUCUCUUUUUAUUUUUCUGAUUUAGAAGUCAAUUUACAGAUGGAACCUGUUGUUUCUAAUGAGUACACAACUGAAGAAUAUUGAUUUUCUAAAAAAUGGGUUUGAACAAAUUAAAUGGUUGUAAAAAAAAAAAAAA